GAUGGUGCAGAACAAGACUACGGGGAGCUGCCCAAAGCCAACAGAGGUGGCCCCUGGGGGUCCCAGCUGGUGCAAGACCUCCAAUGGCCACAUAAAGCGCCCAAUGAAUGCUUUUAUGGUGUGGUCUCAGAUAGAGAGGAGGAAGUUAAUGUCUCUCUGUCCCAACAUGCACAAUGCUGACAUCUCUCGCAGCCUUGGCCAACGCUGGAAGUUGCUCCAGGACACAGAUAAGAUUCCAUAUGUCCGGGAGGCGGAGCGUUUGCGCCUCAAACACAUGGCCGACUACCCCAACUAUAAGUACCGACCGCGGCGGCGCAGCAGAACUCAAGAGAGCAAAACUCGGGCCAGGCUGCCCCGUUCCACUGCCACAUGCCAAUCUGUUCCAUCGCCAUGCCUGUCGCAAAUGGAUACGGGGUCCAGCAUGCAAUGGGGAGAGACCUGCCCUGCGUGGGGGGGUGACCAAGUUGGCCAAUCAGUGGAGACGCAGAUUCGAGAGUCAUCAGCACGCAGCCCAGAGGUGCCAACCCAUACCAAAACUGUGCCAUCCUCCCCACAAUCGGCUGAGGAGCACGAGGGUCUGGAGGGUGGAUCCCUUGUGAUUCCAGUGGACAAGGAGGUCCCGCCCCACAGCGGGUCACAUUUUGAGUUCCCAGACCACUGCACUCCGGAGGUGAUGGAGAUGAUCUCGGGAAGUGGCCUCUUAGAGAGUGUCCCCGACUUGGUGUUUUCCUACUGAGCCAUAGGCCAAUAAAAAGUGACCACAGACGUGUCCAUUAGAGUGCUCUCACUGCUUUCUUUCGGUGUCCUGUACUAUUGGAGGUCCGUCUCUCAGCCACAGCACUAACGAUAAAGGACUCUCUACUCUUUCUCUGUGGACACUCAUCCAUAAGAGAUUCCUGUCUCUCAUGGGACUCUCAGUGCUGUCUCUCAAGGAUCACAAAUCUGUCUCUUUUAGAGGACUCUCAAAGCUGUGUCUCGUGUAACAGAUUUCUGCUGUCAAAUAACACGCAUAUGUGUCUCAGGCCACAGUUACAGGUUCCUGCUGUCUUUUUCACUGUAGACUCAAUGCUGUCUCUCAAGGAUCUCAUGUCUGUCCUGCAGUUUGUUUUAGAGGAAUCUCAAAGAAGUCCUUAUGAGUUCCUGCUGUCUGUUUCAGAAGUCUUUCAGUACUGCCACAAAAGGUACUCUCUUGUAGCACAAGCUCCUGCUGUCUCUUACGAGGGUUUCAUGGCUUUCUCAAUGGUGGGUCUUCAAACUCUUUCUCUAAUGACUAAUCGGAAUGCUUUCUCUGCAGUGACUCUCACAGUUGUCUCUUUUUCGAGGGAAUGCCGUCUCAAAUGACUUUCAAGUUCUUUCUCAGAGGUCUCACUGCUGUCUCUCCAAUAACUCCUAUGACUGUCUGAGACAUCUCGCUUGCACUCUGCCUCUGUGAUACAACAUCUUCAGUUUACAUGAAAUAACAUUCAUGUUCAUAUUAAUUGCAAUGCUGUCUCUUGUGCUGUCACUUCAUCUUCAGAGAGGCCCCUCCCAGACAGACAGGCACUUAGACUGUGCUUUAUCCCAUUCCCAGCUCACCUGGGGGGCAGUUAGAAUGCUGGGAGGUCCAACCAUCUGAGACCUUGGAAAUGGGAUUCUUUGCAGCAGGUAAGGGCCAUAUAUGCAACUCCUAGUGUUUGUAAUCUCAGGAUUAUACCCUACAAUUUGUACAUUCUGCAUCUCAGGAUUUUACCCUACACCCCCACUUUGUACAUUCUGCUGUUCAGGAUUAUUCCCUGCACCCCCACUUUGUACAUUAUGCACCUCAGGAUUAUACCAUGUACCCCCACUUUGUACAUUCUGCACCUCAGGAUUAUUCCCUGUACCCCCACUUUGUACAUUCUGCACCUCAGGAUUAUUCCCUGAACCCCCACUUUGUACAUUCUACACCUCAGGAUUAUUCCCUGCACCCCACUUUGUACAUUCUGCACCUCAGGAUUAUUCCCUGUACCCCCACUUUGUACAUUCUGCACCUCAGGAUUAUUCCCUGCACCCCCACUUUGUACAUUCUACACCUCAGGAUUAUUCCCUGCACCCCCACUUUGUACAUUAUGCACCUCAGGAUUAUACCAGAUACCCCCACUUUGUACAUUCUGCACCUCAGGAUUAUACCCUACCCAGGAUUAUUACUGUCCCCAAAUCUCCUCCCACUCCUAUCCAGACUAGCAUUCUAUAUAUGUUCUCCAUUCAAUAUUUGCCUCUUGUACCCCAGCACCGUGUGCAUCAUAUUCACAUAGUGGGAGGGAAGAGGUCACAUCAGUGUAUGUCCUCAGAUGUCUCUAUGCACCAUAUUAACAGGGGAGGGGUAAUUACUCUCAUCCUCCUGUAUCCCCAGCUGCCCCUGCCUAUGUAAUUCAUUUAUUGUACUGCGGGCCCGUAUCUCCCAUCUGUCUGAGUUCCUGGCUUUCCCUGUGCAUCAUAUUUACUGGGGAGGGGGUUAAUCUCCCAUCAGUCUGUGUCCCCGACUGUAGCUGUGCAUCAUAUUUGUUGGGGAGGGGGUUAAUCUCCCAUCAGUCUUUAACCCUGACUGUAGUUGUGCAUCAUAUUUGUUGGGAGUCCAGGAGAGGGGGGGUACACCAGGGCCUGUCUAUAGUGUCCCUCUCCCUGCACGGACACUACCCGAGGCACAGGGGAAGGAGGUAGAAACACACAAGACAGUCCGGUGUGUAGAAGAGCUAUUCCAGGGGGAUUAAAGGGCCUCCCCCUCCACCAAAUAGGGGUUCAUUAUCCCAGCAGCACCUCUACCAAUCAAAGAACUGACUGUACCUCCCCUUUUGAUUCUCAGAAUGAUAAUAAGGUGCCACCCACCCCAACUGAAGCACUUGCUUUAUCCCAUGUGGUGAUAUAUAGAUCAUCCCCCCCAUAUACCUACGUAUCCCCCACACACCCCCAGCUACAGAAAUGCAUUCGGGUUAGGGCAUGACGGGCACACAGCACCUAAUUGCCCCUGACUGUGAGCAGCCAUAUUAAGAGCAAGCUGGUCCUCUGGCGCAGGAGUAUCGGGGUGCGGCUCUGUACAUUCUGUCUUUCUGGAUUCCCGUACAUUCCUAUACAUUCCUAUACAUGACCCAAUCAUCCAUUAGAUUCCGGCACAGAAAUGGUCAACUGGGGCACAGAUUGCCCUUCCCACAUGAACUUUCCAUAGACCACCAAAGAAAAUCUAAUUCUCCAUAUGGGGCCGCACAUUUGGGCACUUACUCCCCUGGAACAUCCUGCCUGGGUUGAAAGCCCCAUAGGGGUCUCCUAUUCACUGAACCCCCACAUCUCUCCCUAACGUCUGUCUGUCUCUCUUUAGAAAUAUCCCAUUCCAGAGGCUCUUGCAUAGCAAUCCAGCACAACAGACAGCAGCACAGUUUAAAGAAACAGUUCUGUGCCAAAUGAAAAAUGUUUUCAAUAUAGUCAUUGAGCCAA